AUGUCUCGCCCCCAGAACAUCGGUAUCAAGGCCAUUGAGGUCUACUUCCCCCGUCAGUGUCUCGACCAGACGGACUUGGAGAAGCACGAUGGCGUUAGCGAGGGAAAAUACACAAUUGGUCUUGGACAAAGCAAGAUGAGCUUCUGCGACGACCGCGAGGACAUCUACUCCAUUUCCCUCACCACCCUCUCCUCCCUCAUGAAGAAGUACGACGUUGACCCUAACUCGGUCGGUCGAUUGGAAGUCGGCACGGAGACUCUGCUGGACAAGUCUAAGUCCGUCAAGUCCGUCCUCAUGCAACUUUUUGCUCCUCACGGAAACACCAACAUCGAGGGUAUUGAUACCGUCAACGCCUGCUACGGAGGAACCAACGCUGUUUUCAACAGCAUCAACUGGGUGGAGUCUUCCGCUUGGGACGGCAGAGAUGCUGUCGUUGUGUGUGGUGACAUUGCUCUCUAUGCCAAGGGCAACGCUCGCCCUACUGGUGGUGCUGGUUGCGUCGCCAUGCUGAUCGGUCCCGACGCUCCUAUCGUCUUUGAGCCCGGCCUCCGUGCUUCGUACAUCACUCACGCCUACGACUUCUACAAGCCCGACCUUACCAGCGAGUACCCCGUUGUUGAUGGCCACUUCUCCCUCCGCUGCUACACCGAGGCCGUCGAUGCCUGCUACAAGGCCUACGGUGCCCGUGAGAAGACCCUGAAGGAGAAGACCCAGAACGGCACCAACGGUGUUUCUCACGACGAGUCUAAGGACCCUCUGGACCGUUUCGACUACAUCCUCUUCCACGCCCCUACUUGCAAGCUUGUACAAAAGUCUUACGCCCGUAUGCUGUACAACGACUACAUCGCCAACCCCACUCACCCCUCGUUUGCCGAAGUCGCGCCCGAGCUCCGCGACCUCGACUACGAAAAGUCUCUGACAGACAAGACUGUCGAGAAGACUUUUAUGGGUCUCACCAAGAAGCGUUUCGCCGAGCGCGUGCGCCCUGGUCUUGAUGUUGCCACUCUCUGCGGUAACAUGUAUACCGCUACCGUCUACGCCGGUCUCUGCUCUCUGCUCAGCAAUGUCACUUUUGACCCUAGCCAGCCUAAGCGCCUUGGAUUCUUCUCAUAUGGCAGUGGUCUUGCCAGCUCUCUCUUCAGCGCUAAGGUUGUCGGCGACGUCUCUUACAUUGUUGAGAAGUUGGACCUUCACAACCGUCUCGACGCCCGAAACGUCCUGCCUCCUACCGAUUACGAGGCGAUGUGUGAACUCCGUGAGCACGCCCACUUGGCCAAGGAAUUUAAGCCUGCCGGCAACGUGGAGACCCUCUUCCCCGGUACAUACUAUCUCACUGAGAUUGAUGGCAUGUUCCGUCGCAAGUACGAAACCAAGGCAUGA